AUGGUUGUCUCGCGGCAGUAUGCGGUGUCACAUAACUUUGAUAUCGAAGCAGGAGAUGAUUUCAGAGAAGAGCUUGAAUUUGCAGACGGCUACGUGCGACGCGCGGAUGGUAUGGUCCUAAACGCUGAGUGGAGCUUUGGAAAGGGCAGUCGCAAAUACCGAGACAACUUUUUCGUCCUGGACGGCAUAGAUGCGGAUAUCAUUCUUAGCAACAGCUUUCUUUUUCGUAACCGGAUACUCUCGACCCCUGGACUAUUUGGAUCAUCGGUUCACGGUGGUCUAACAGCGCCUUUUGACUCCCCACGCCUCAAUCUUAUCAAAUAUCUAAAUAAUCGAUUGCCUCAAUCAUCAGACUCGUCACACUCAGAUGAUGAUGAUGAUGCCUUGGCCUGGGCAGACGAUGAUGAGCUGGAGCAUGUCAGGCGAGCAAAUGCGGAAGAUAUUAUUCAUAAACUCGCUGAAGACGCGCGCAAUGCUGCAUGGGCAGAGGAGUACAGGAAGAGAGCAGAAUGGGAGCAGCGGAAAGCGUCAUUGAUGGCUUCAGUACAGACGUCGAUUCCUCAAAAUCCAACCCAAAACCCACAGCCCUCAACAAAAGCACGACGAAGAUUCCGAUUGAUAUUUUGGGGCAAGGGCCGACAAAAGCCUUAA